AUGGAGUUACUUCCAAAUCAACAAGGUGUAUUUGAGAAUAGUUCAAUAUCUUGGUUUGAAGAUGAGAAAGAAAAAUGUAGACUUCCAAACUCUCCAAACGUUCAUGAAAAUUCAAAAGCUACUGUUGAUUUUCAUAUUCUUAGCCAAUUACUUGAACGAUUUGAGCUUGCCGAAAAAGAAUUAAGACGAUUAAUUAACGAAAUAUCUUUUCCUAAAAAUAUAAAUGAAUUUGAAAAAUUUAUAUUUUCGGAAAUUAUUAAUCCAGAAACAACAAAUGAACAAAUUGUUGAAAUGAGAAAAAUUUAUCAUGAACUUAAAAAAAGUAGUCAAGACCACUCUAAAAUUUUAGAAAAUAUUUAUAAUUCCGAUGUUCUCGAUUUUUCUACGACCAAGAGUUCUUCAACUCAACAUGAAAAGCAGUCUAAUGCAAAUGAUAAUAUUAAUAAUCCUGAAAGUAAAUCUUUUGUAAAAAAAAACAAGUCUGAAAAGUCGAAAAUCAAAAAUUCACCACCGAUUAUUCGAAAAAAAAGUAACAAGAAAAACUCUCCUUUACCUGGAUUAAUCAAAAUUUAUCCUAUAAAAAAAGGCUGCUACGAAACCGAAAAAUUUGAUUCUAAUGAAAAUAUUUUGCAUCAUUCACCUUCAUCUUCUUGUGGAUUUAUGACUGCUAAUAAUAACGUUCUUUCUUUUAGCAGUCCAAAUUUACAAGUUACUACACCUACUAUUGAACCUCAAACUUUUAUGAAUAUUGACUUUUCUUUAGAGAACAAUUCUUUUCUUGAUACAAAUCAACAAAACUACGUUCAACAAAUUUUCUUUUCUGAUAACUCAACAGUCAAUAUUAGUCAUCAUGAGGACACUUUCUUAUAUUAUAAUCAUGUAAAUGUUUAA